AAACCAUCAGCCAAUCUCUUGUCGCACAAAACAUUGGCGCAUCGUCAAUGUCCAGCAGAGAAUCAUAAAUCUUCCAGUAAGCGACUUGAAGUCUUUGCGCUUACUGUCUUUGGGGAGAAAGACUUCACGGGGACGUCUGACCUACGAUACGCUCAACAAUACCUGCAAUUUUCUUCGAUUUUUGGUUACGCUACAUACCUACAAUACCCACAUACACAGACACCACGGCUUCAGACGAAUUUCAACCGCUUCUUGUAUAUUCUUCGGACGACGAGCGUCCAGAUUCCACCAGACAGGAAUUCCGUAAUUCUAAUCUAGGGCAGAAUAACAGCUACGGCGCGAUGGCGACUAAAUCAGCCUUCGUCGAGACGAACACCAGGGGCCCCAUGGGAGAGACCUAUCGCAAGUCUAGUGAUGGACUGGAGACAAAUGCCCAGCCUGUCAGCAGCUUGGACAUAAAUGGGGAGAGGAGAGUUGACGAUGAUGAUGUGAAUCCAGAAGUUUUGGAGCAUGCGCUUGAGUCGCUGGAGGGCAAGAAGAAGUCCUGGUAUUCGUACUUGCUCACCAAGGACUUCUGGAUUGUCUUGCUCAUUGGACAAGUCCUUGCCCUUUGCAUUACCGGUACCAAUACCUUCUCGACCCUGCUAGUGAUGAAAGGCACUUCCAUUCCCGCUUUCCAAACUCUUUUCAACUACAUCUUGCUCACGCUCAUUUACACCACAUAUACGAUCUACAAAUACGGCUUCAAGAAGUAUUCCAAGCUCUUGAUGGUUGAUGGGUGGAAGUAUGUCAUUCUGAGUUUCUUGGAUGUGGAGGGUAACUACUUCACUGUGUUGGCAUACCGCUAUACCAAUCUGCUGUCGGCUCAACUUCUAAACUUCUGGUCCAUCGUCUGCGUCGUACUGAUCUCCUUCUUCAUUCUCCGCGUGCGCUAUAAGUGGUUCCAGAUCAUCGGCAUCCUCGUCUGCUGCGGCGGAAUGGGCUUGCUCCUCGGAUCUGACCACAUCACUGGCGCCAACGGCGGAAGCCCUCCAACCAUGCUCAAGGGCGACCUCUUCGGACUCGCAGGCGCAACUUUCUACGGAAUCUCCAACGUCUUCGAAGAAUGGUUCGUCUCCAAGCGUCCCAUGUACGAAGUCCUCGGCAUGCUUGGUCUCUUCGGCAUCAUCAUUAACGGUAUCACCGCCGCCAUCUUCGAUAGAGACCAAUUCCAAUCUGCAACCUGGGACGGCGAAGUCGGUGGUUACAUCGUCGGCUAUACUCUCAUUCUCGCGCUCUUCUAUUCUCUCGCCCCGAUCAUUCUGCGAAUGGCAUCAGCGGCAUUCUUCGAUAUUUCGCUUCUCACUGGAAACUUCUGGGGUGUCAUUAUCGGCAUCAAGGUCUUCCACUACGCUAUUCACUACCUCUACCCCAUUGCAUUCGUUCUUAUCAUUUUGGGCCUUGUCACGUAUUUCUUGGCUGGAAGCAUUCUCGGUGAUAGUAAAAAGCCUUGGUUGGGAAGCAACCAGGAGCAUGGCGUUGCUGGUGUUGGAACGGCAAAGAGGAAGGCUAUCAAGCAAGCGAGACGUGAGGGUCUAGUUGCUUCGGAUGGUCAUCACAUUGCAUAGAGUGGUAGAUUGGGGUCUUGGGGUCUUAGGGAGAAAUAACGGAUGCUUUGCUAAAGAGGUGGAGAUAGUGAAAUUUCUAUGGUGCUAUGUUUUGUUAAUAAUUAGGUGAGGUUGGUGCUGACAAGGAAUGCGAUUAUUUAUUAAAUAUGAACGGAAUAUCAAGCAAUUGAAAAGUUUUUUACCUGAA